AUGGCUUUGAGGCGUCUGCUCAGCGAGGUCAAACCUCAUGGGUCACAGAUGAGGCUGUUAAGCUAUCUGGCAGCUGGAAGUAAUCGAGCUUCACCACAUGCUAAAGGAGCUGUGCAAAAGCUUACAAGUGCUUUCGGCACAAGCUCGACUGGAAAACCAAGUUAUUUUGGCAGUCUAGCCCGUAGAGUGCGCAAUAAUGAGGGAUCAAGUGAUGCUGCAUAUUUAAAGGAGCUUUAUCAUAGAAAUGAUCCAGAAGCAGUCAUAAGGUUGUUUGAGAGUCAACCUUCUUUACAUUCUAACCCAUCAGCCCUUGCUGAGUAUGUGAAGGCCUUAGUUAAGGUCGACCGACUUGAUGAGAGUGAGCUGCUUAAGACAUUGCACAAAGGGAUGCUUGGAGCUGCUAGCUCACAUGUGGAAGAAGAAAGUUAUAGAGCUCUUUCGGCUCUUAAAAAUGUUGGGAAGUCUUCAAAAGAUGGAAUCCUUGGUACAGCUGGCGCUCCUAUACACAUGGUGACUGCUGAAGGUGGAAAUUUCAAGGAGCAGUUGUGGAGAACUGUCCGUGCUUUGGGUUUGGCCUUCCUCCUGAUUUCUGGUGUUGGGGCACUGAUCGAGGAUAGAGGGAUCGGUAAAGGACUCGGCUUGCAUGAAGAGGUGCAACCCAGUAUGGAAUCUAAUACGAAGUUUAGUGAUGUGAAAGGAGUUGAUGAGGCGAAAUCUGAGCUGGAAGAAAUUGUUCACUACCUUCGUGAUCCUAAGCGUUUUACGCGUCUUGGUGGCAAGCUCCCGAAAGGUGUACUCCUGGUGGGCCCACCCGGCACGGGUAAAACCAUGCUGGCUCGAGCCAUAGCUGGUGAGGCUGGUGUUCCUUUCUUCUCGUGCAGUGGCAGCGAAUUCGAGGAGAUGUUUGUUGGAGUGGGGGCCCGCCGCGUACGGGACCUCUUCGCCGCCGCCAAGAAGAGGUCCCCUUGCAUAAUAUUCAUAGACGAAAUCGAUGCCAUUGGUGGGAGCCGAAACCCUAAGGAUCAGCAGUACAUGAAGAUGACCCUGAACCAGUUGCUGGUCGAGCUUGAUGGGUUCAAACAGAAUGAGGGCAUUAUCGUAAUUGCUGCCACCAACUUCCCCGAGUCGCUGGAUAAGGCUUUGGUCAGGCCCGGCCGGUUCGAUCGGCAUAUUGUGGUCCCAAAUCCAGAUGUCGAGGGGAGGAGGCAGAUUCUGGAAUCCCAUAUGUCCAAGGUCCUCAAAGCCGAUGACGUGGACUUGAUGGUAAUUGCGCGCGGGACCCCCGGAUUCUCCGGCGCUGACCUGGCGAACCUUGUCAACGAUUUCGAUUUGACUUUUAUCGUGAAAGACUAA